AUUAAAUUGGGAUAAGCAUAAGAUUGAGACACAUGUACAGAUCAUUUUCGUUGGGUGUACACGAUGGUAUAACCAAAUGGCAAAAGCUCUGUCAAAAGCGCUAUCUCCCCAAAUCGCCAGUCGCCAAAGAGACGUCUUCGCAGCGCAAUGAUCAACUCCUACAGCCGCUUGGCACCGGCCAUAAGACAGGGCAAACUUCUGGUACAACGGGGAACCUUUACUGAACGCUACCUGGUACGCCCGAUAUCCAGCUCCCAAACCCAGUUUGAAAAACAUGACUGUAAAGUUUUGGUCGUUGGCGGUGGUUCCGGCGGUUGUGCUUUGGCCGCAAAGCUUUCAUCCCGCCUAGGCAGGGGUAAAGUGAUUGUCUUGGAACCCGAGGAAAGACAUUAUUACCAGCCGAUGUUUACCUUGAUCGGCGGUGGAAUGAAGCGACUGGAGCAGUCGUAUAGGCUAAUGGCUGAUGUACUGCCCAAGAAGGCCAAAUGGCUGCAAGAGAAGGCCGUAGAAUUCGAUCCGGAUAAUAAUACGGUCCGAACAUCGGCUGGCAAUACAGUCAAAUAUGAUAUGUUGCUCAUUGCCACCGGGUUGCAGCUGAACUUCAACAAGAUACCCGGCUUGGAGGAAGCUCUGGCGGUGCCUAACGGGAAAGUCUGUUCCAUAUACUCGCCGAAGUAUGUGGAUCGCGUCUUCAAUUGUCUCCGGAACACCAACGAAGGUAAUGCCAUCUUUACCUUCCCCCUAUCCAGCAUCAAGUGUGCGGGAGCACCACAGAAAAUCGCCUACAUAGCAGAGCAUUAUUUCCGCAAGACGGGCAAGCGUGACAAGAUCAAUAUCACAUAUAAUACAGCUCUGCCAGUGCUUUUUGGUGUGAAGCAUUAUGCAGAUGCGCUUUGGCCGAUUAUGAAGAAGCGCAACAUAACGGUUAACACUUGUCGUAACUUAAUUGAGGUUAAGCAUGAACAGGAUGUGGCUAUUUUUGAAAAUGUCAACAAGCCUGGUCAAUACUUUGAAGAGAAGUACUCGAUGUUGCACGCAGUACCACCUCAGAGUGCUCCCGAUGAGCUGACCAGGUGCAAGCAGCUGGUGGAUGAGGCCGGAUACGUGGAUGUCGAUAAGUCCACGUUGCAGCACACGAGAUACAAGAACGUCUUCGCCAUUGGAGACUCAUCUUCGACGCCCAAUUCAAAGACUGCGGCCGCUGCAGCUGCUCAGUCACCGGUUGUGUUUCGUAACAUGAUCGCCGCUAUGGAGGGGAAGCCCCUGAAGGAUGUCUAUGAUGGUUAUGCAUCGUGUCCUUUGGUUACUGGUUAUCAUACCUGCAUGCUGGCCGAGUUUGAUUAUAGCCUGACGCCGCUGGAGACAUUCCCUGUGGCACAAAAUAAGGAGCGUUAUUCAAUGUUUUAUAUGAAAAAAGACCUUAUGCCCUUAUUAUACUGGAAACUAAUGUUACCUGGUUACUGGAAUGGUCCAGCACUCAUGCGUAAUAUAUUGUCAGUGUUCAAGAGCAAACAAAAGUAAAGCUUCGUACUCAAACAAUGCAACAUAUGAUCUACAUAAAAAUGCAAUACAAUUAAUAAAUACUUGUUAAAAACAGAAAAAUAAAGUUUAAAUUUUACGUCUA